AAUUUCAGCGAACCCUCCUUCCUGGUAAGCCGUGAACACAACUUUCUUUCUCUUUCUCUCUCUCCAGAAAUUUCUGGUUCUUCAUAUACACGAAUCACUCCAUCUCCUCCACAUGAUCUCUCUCUGUUCUCUCUCUCUAUAUGUGCAAUCGGUUCCUUUCAAUAACUGUCUAGCCGCCAACAAAUUUCGUUCAUAACUGAAGCGAAUUCAGAAACAUUUCCAGAUCCGACAUGCUAUUGCUUCGGAUCUAUGCUCUAACCGCAGCCAUAUGCUUCGUUAGUACUACCGUCUAUGGAGCUUCCGUUUUGCCUGCUAGUGAAGUGGAGACUCUUAGGCAAAUUGGAAGUAAGUUAGGGAAGACGAAUUGGAACUUCAGCGUUGAUCCGUGCAGUGGAGGAUCCGGUUGGUUCACACAACCACCUCCGGAUGAAAAUAAUCCUGACAAUGCAGUAGUGUGUAACUGUACCUUCUCCAACAAUACCGUCUGUCACGUUGUGAGCAUAUUCCUGAAACAACAGAAUUUAACGGGCACUCUUCCAAAAGAAUUUGUCAACCUCCCGUUUCUUCAGGAAAUUGAUCUUACUCGCAACUACCUUAAUGGAACUAUCCCUCCAGAAUGGGGAACCAGCCUACUUGUAAACAUCACACUACUUGCAAAUCGAAUUACCGGAACAAUCCCAAGAGAAUUGGGAAACAUCACCACACUUAGAAGCCUGGUACUGGAGAUCAACCAGCUAUCAGGGAGAAUUCCGCCAGAGCUUGGAAAUCUUACUAGCAUAGAGAGAUUGCUUCUAACGUCGAAUAACUUCUCUGGGGAAUUGCCAAUAGAACUUGGAAAGUUGACCACAUUGAUGGACUUUCGGAUUGGUGACAAUAACAUCACUGGAAAGAUUCCAGACUUUAUUGGGAACUGGCGUAAUCUUAAUAAAUUAGUACUUCAAGCAAGCGGCUUGGAGGGUCCAAUCCCUGAUACAAUUUUUACAUUGAUCAACAUAACAGACUUGAGAAUAAGUGACAUAAAUGGAACUGAUGCCAUAUUUCCACCCAUUAGUAAUAUGAAAAAACUGAAAAUACUGAUUCUAAGAAGUUGCAAUCUCAUUGGACCAUUACCGUCAUAUCUGGGCACAGUUACAACUUUGAAAACAUUAGAUCUCAGCUUCAACAAAUUAAGCGGAGAAAUUCCCACCACAUAUUCUAGUUUGUCAAAGACAGAUUUCAUAUAUUUUACUGGAAACAUGUUGAAUGGAACCGUGCCUGAUUGGGUUCUGGAUAAGGGUGACAUGAUUGAUCUCUCAUUCAAUAAUUUUACACACACUACCGACAAUUGUCAAGAGAGAAGUGUGAACUUGUUUGCAAGCAGUUCAAACAAUUUAACAUCUGGAAAUGUUUCGUGCAUGAAAACCUAUUUGGCUCAGUGUUCAGAUUCCCACUCUUUACAUAUAAAUUGUGGAGGAAAUGAAGUAACAGUUGGAGGCAUCAAAUAUGAAUCGGAUGUAGUUCCUGGCACGGCUGCAAGUUUCUCCAAAGGAAGUAACUGGGCAUUUAUUAACACUGGCCAUUUCCUGGACAAUGACCGUCCCUCGGAUAGUUAUGUGGAAAAGAGUGCCUCUACUCUACCUGGGAAUAGUUCUCUAUUAAGCAUGGAUGCCCGGAUUACUCCUAUAUCAUUGACAUAUUAUGUGUUCUGCCUGAUAAAUGGGAAUUACACUGUAGAUCUUACAUUUGCAGAAAUUAUCUUCACCAAUGACAGAACAUUUAGCAGCCUGGGAAGGCGCAUCUUUGACGUUUACAUUCAGGGGACGCGGGUGCUGAAGGACUUUAACAUUGAGAAUGAAGCUGGUGGGGUUGGUAUUGAAAUUGUCAGAUCUUUUUCAGCCCCUGUGACGGACAGGACAUUGGAAAUUCAACUCCGUUGGUCUGGGAAAGGAACUAUUGCUGUCCCUGUAAGAGGAAUUUAUGGUCCUCUUAUUUCAGCUAUUUCUGUGGAACUACCUGGAUUUUCACCCCCAGGAUCACAAAAAGGUGGCAUCUCUGUAGGUGCUGUUGUUGGAAUUGUAUUUUCUGUCGUUUUUGUUGUCAUCCUAAUUCUUGGCAUCCUUUGGUGGAAAGGAUGUAUAGGACGCAAAGACACUAUAAGUGACGAUCUGAAAGGCCUGGAUCUUCAAACUGGUUCAUUCUCCUUGAGACAAAUUAAAGCUGCCACAAACAAUUUUGAUGUUGCUAACAAGAUUGGAGAAGGUGGUUUUGGUCCUGUUUUCAAGGGAGUUCUUUCUGACGGAACUGCAAUAGCAGUAAAACAGCUCUCUUCCAAGUCGAAGCAAGGAAACCGUGAAUUUGUGACUGAAAUAGGAAUGAUUUCAGCUUUGCAACACCCUUAUCUUGUGAAGCUUUAUGGAUGUUGUAUUGAAGGCAAUCAACUAUUGCUUGUGUACGAGUACUUGGAAAAUAACAGUCUGGCACGUGCAUUAUUUGGUCCUGAAGAAUCUCAGAUCCACUUGGAUUGGUCUACAAGGUAUAAGAUCUGUAUUGGCAUAGCUCGUGGCCUAGCUUAUCUCCAUGAAGAAUCAAGACUGAAGAUUGUCCACAGAGACAUCAAGGCUACAAACGUGUUGCUUGAUAAGGAUCUUAACCCUAAGAUAUCUGACUUUGGUUUGGCCAAACUUGAUGAAGAAGAGAACACUCAUAUAAGCACAAGAGUUGCCGGAACUUAUGGGUACAUGGCUCCAGAAUACGCUAUGCGUGGCUAUCUAACAGAUAAAGCCGACGUUUAUAGUUUUGGAAUUGUUGCUCUCGAAAUCGUUAGUGGGAGAACUAAUACAACUCAUAGACCAAAGGAGGAGAGCCUCUACCUCCUAGAUUAUGCCCAUAUCUUAAAAGAAAAUGGGACUCUUAUGGACAUUGUGGAUCGAAGACUAGGCUUGGAGUUCAAAGAAGAGGAGGCAAUGACAAUGAUCAAUAUAGCUUUGAUUUGCACCAAUGUAACUUCUGCUUCUAGGCCAAACAUGUCAUCUGUCGUGAGCAUGCUUGAGGACAGGAAUGUUCCUGAGAACCUGUUAUUGGAUUCAGACUCUAGCGUAUCGAACCACAAGGAGAAGAUGAAACAGAUGAUGAGCGAUCUCGAACAAUCAGACCCAAACAUGAGUCAAACUCGCAGCUCAAUACCGUGGUCUGCUUCUUCCACUUCGGCUGGAGAUCUUUACCCCAUCACGGUAAACUCCAGUUACUUGGCUAAUAGAGACAAAGUGUGAGAUGAAAUGGUUAAUAAAUUAUUCUCUUCAACAAAGUUAGAGACUGCAAAAUGCUGAAUUCGUGAAAAUUCAUAUGUUCUGUAAUUUGUAUAUGUUGUUUGGAAGCUUGACUCAGUUUUGGAUUUCUGCAAUAUCUUUUUUGUUUGUUUGUGUGAAUUUUAUUGUAAUCUUUUUUUUUUAUUUAGUUCACUUCAAUUAUUAAUGAUUCAAAGCUAUGUAGCUUUUACCAAUGAAAUAAGAUUUAUUUUCAUGGUUUGUUGAUAUU